AUGAAUGUCACAUCCUGCUCGCCUGCAGCAAUCCAAACUCCCACUGUCUUCGGGGCAGAGAUUCUCUCCCUGUCGGCCUCAUGGGUCACCAACUACACCCUUAACGUCCCGGCCACUUUCAACUACAACCACGGCGACGUUGAUGUGCGCAAUGCGCAGUUCUGCAACAUCACCAUCACCUACACACACCCCGGAUACAACGACCAGAUCACAGUGGAGACCUGGUUUCCGCCGCAGACCAAAUGGAACGGCCGUCUCCAAGCCACAGGCGGUGGCGGCUGGAACGCCGGGCGCUUCGUGCUGUCCCAGUUCUUCAUGAGCGGCGCAAUCGGCGAGGGCUAUGCGGCGACCACCACCGAUGCUGGCUUGGGAGAAGCCGGACCCAGCUCGUGGGCGCUCCGAAGCCCCGGCAACGUCGACUACAUUGCGCUCAACAACCUAGGCUCCCGGUCCUUGAAUGACCAAGCUAUCAUCGGCAAGAGCCUAACCCAUACCUUCUACGGCCGCGCCCCCGACUACUCCUACUGGAGUGGUUGUUCCCAGGGCGGUCGACAGGGUCUCAUGCUAGCACAGCGCUACCCUAUUGCAUAUGAUGGCAUCGUCGCUUCGGCCCCGGCCCAAUCAUGGACCAAAUUUGUGUCCGCCCUGUACUACCCCCUGUUGAUGCGUCAGUGGCACGGAGUCAACCCGCUGGCCUGCGAGUUGAAUUUCCUGACAACCGAGGCCGUCGCCGCCUGUGACGCAAAGGACGGGGUCGUGGACGGGCUGAUCUCCAACCUCACGGCGUGCGACUACAGCCCAUACACCUCUGUCAACAAGGCCUUUACCUGUAAUGCACUGAACAGAACAAUGGCGCUCAGUCCCGGCGCCGCGCUCAUCGCCGACGCCGCCUGGUCCGGACCACAGACCACAGACGGCGAGCGACUGUGGUAUGGGGUGAACCCGGGGGCCGACAUCAGCCAGUUCGGGUCGGUGCCUGGCAUCAAUGCCUCACAGUCCGACAUGUGGUUCAACCUGUUCGUAGCCAAGAACGCCAGUUUCGACACUGUGCACAUGAGUCCCGAGCUACCUGACUGCCUUCCGCAAGGCGGGCGGAAAGCUCCUUACUUACCAUGCAUGGCCGACGAGAGUAUCUCCACCAAGGGAACCGAAUUCUACUACAAGUCCGUGCAAGAUCAAUUCCCAGAUGUCCAGGACUUCUAUCGCUACUUCGAGUCGCCGGGGCUCGGGCAUUGCGCAGGCGGACAAGGCGGCCAGCCGACGACGAUUUUCGAUGCGCUGAGACGGUGGGUCGAGAACGGCACUGCUCCAGAGACCCUCCCCGUGGAAUAUGCUAGGCCUGAGGGUGGACCGCUGCAUCGUAUCGUGUGUCCUUAUCCUGCCCAGGCCAAGUAUAUGGGUGGGGACAUCUCGGCGGCUGAGAGCUUCCGUUGUGUUUAA